UUUAAACCAAGCAAGGCAGGAACAAAGUAAAAAUGUCUCGAACUCUUUCGAAUGUCACCUUUUCUUCUCCUUUUUACCCUUCGAACAAACCCAACAAUCCUUGCCACUUCCCCUUCAUAAAACUAAACAACCGAAUCUUCAAAUGUAAGAACAACAUCAAAGCCAUGGCAGCAGAAAACAGAUGCAACCUCGACCACUUGCAGAGAGCUACUACCAGACCCGACAAGAAAAGAGUUGCCCCGACAGGGUCAUGGGUCAGGUUCCCAACAGCGAGAACAGUGCAACAGAUGAUGGAAACAAUGGAGAGGAUAAUGGAAGACCCAUCUGCAUACUCGACGCCAUUGCCAUCCUCGCCCGAGAACAGCAGAGGAAGGAGGACGCCAUGGGAGAUCAAGGAAAGAGAAGGGGAGUACAAGGUGAGAUUCGAUAUGCCCGGGAUGAACAAAGACGAUGUCGAGGUCUGGGUUGAGGAAAAUACUUUGGUUUUCGAGGCGGAGAAAGUUGAUAAAAACAGGAUUACUGGGGAAGAAGAAGAAGAAGAAGAAUGGGAUGUCAAGAGCUUUGGAAGGUAUGGUAGUAGAAUUGUACUGCCUGACAAUGUUGAAUUUGAGAAGAUUAAAGCCCGAGUGAAAGAUGGGGUUUUGUAUAUUACGAUUCCCAAGGCUAGUCGUGAUGGUAGGGUCUUGAACAUAAAUGUUAAUUGAC